AUGUUCUCCUCGAUCCUCCCUCUGCCGCCCCCGACAUCGACCACGGGGCCGGCAGCGACCCCGGCAGCGGCUUCAACUUCCGCCACCCCGUCGGCGGCCACGGCAACCGCCGACCCAACGGCCGACUGUCCGAUCCUCUCGCCCGGUGGUGCGGCCACACGUCCGCGCGUCUCUUCAACCGGUCGCCGGUCCGUCGCGUGGCUGUCCAGCUUCCACAUGAUGUCCCCCUUCCUGCGCUUUGUCCCGUAUGACCAUGUCCUCGAGCGCCCAGGCACCGGGGCUCCGUGUGCCCCUUCCCCAUGCCCGGGGGACCCUUCCGACGGGCGUCUCCUCAUGAUGUCGGCAUCUUCCGAGCCAGCCACCGCGACCAUCCCCCCCCUGGAUGACCUGUCACAUCCGUCCAGUUCCCUGCCGUCACUGUCUCCCGGAGCCGUGGACCCGGUUCGUCCGUCGCUGGCCGAGGUGCACCAUUUGCGCCCGGUCGGGCCGGCAUCCGCCCCAAACAGCCCGCCCCGGUCGUCGCAAGCAUCCCCCCUGGUGGCAGGCUUCCAGUCGCGCAUGCGCCGGCUCUCGGUCAGCCUCGGCAUGGCCAGCAGCCCCUCGGCCGGGCCCGGGGACCCGGGCUCCGGCACCCUCCCCGGCGGCGGCGGCGGCGGCGCCGCCGCCGCCGUGGUUGCGGCCCCCCGCGCGACGUCCCCCUCGUCCGCCGAGCUGGCUGCCUCGCUGCUGAACGGCGAUCUCCAAACCUCCCCUGACAGUCGAUCUCCCUCCUAUCGGAGUUAUUCCUCGCCCUAUGUGACGGAUCUCGGCCGAUCCUUCCCGGUUCCCCCGAGCGCCUUGGGCGCGGUGGUGGAGAGCCCGGCCGCCCGGCGUGUCGGCAUCCUCUGGCGCACUCGGUCCGAUCCCUGCCUGGUGCCGGCGCCCAGCAUCUCGGCCAUAGUUUCGGCCGAGGUGUCCCGCCUGGAAGCGAUCCAACACAUUCUCCAGGAGUAUGAGUCUGGUCCCGUGGCCGCCGAGCAUGUCAUGAUUCUGCGCCUCAGCGACAAGGCCUUCCCCCUGUCGAGCACCGCCUUGUCGGGCCUUCUGGCCGCCGCCCCGUCUCCCAACCCCCAGCGCAUGUCCAUCGACGCCAAGCUGGCCGAGCGCCUCGGUCGCAAUCUCAGUGUGGCCUUCCCCCAGACGGUGGACAUCAUCUCCGAAGCGGCCGAUGGCUCUGGCGCCUCGGCCACAGCCGGUGGUGCUCCCACCGAGCGCACCCUCAGCUCCAUUCUCGGCAUUUGCCAUCUGGUUCGUGCCUGGCUUGCGACCGACAUUCGCCAUGUGGUGCUGAUAUCCGGCGGCCGCGCCGGCGAUCAGGGCGAGACAGCCCUCGUGGCGGCCUGCAUCACGGCUGCCCUGCUGCCGCAUGUCCCCCUGCCUCAUCAUCUGUCCUUGCGCCAGUGUGCCCGGCCGGUUUGUGUGCGAGCGCAGGCCGACGCUCGGCCCCAGCCGCCGGGCCUGCUGACGCCCGGCACGGCGGCUCCCCCCGCCGAGGGGGGGCCCGAACGGCCAGCCCAUCGGUGUCACAUGCCGUUGGCCAGCCAGCAGGCCGAGCAUGACACCCCGGUGAAUGCCUGCGAGUACUGUCACUUCCCCCUGCAGGACACGCUCGGCUACUUGCCCAAUGACCAGAUUGGCAAUCUGACCGACAUGGGCGGUCCGGAGUCGAUCGCGCUCCUCUUUUCGGAGAUCUAUCUCUCCUCGACGGAGAAGCCCCGCCGGGCUGGCCGGCAUCCGCCUCCCUCGCAACUGUCCUUCGUGCGCUCCUUCUGGCGCCUGAUCCAUGCCAGCACCCCGGCGCCGGGUGGCGACUUGGCUGCCGGUGGUUCGCCAUCUCCCUCCUCCGGCCACCGGUCACCCCGGUCGGGCGGCGGGUCUCCCGUCCAGUCGUUCGGGCUCCGUCGCGCAUCGCAAUCGACCGGGUCCACGCGUAGCCGGUCACCCUCGCCGGCUGAUCGGUCAUCGCGACUGCUCGACAUCCCGGAAAACCCUGCGGCCGUGGCGGCGGCGGCGGCGGCUGCGGCGGCGGCGGCGGCCGCCGCCGCCACGGCCGAGAUCCCCCCCGAGCCCGGGCUAUCCGGCACCGAGGAGGAGAUCACCCCCUGCUCGUCGUCAUCGGCAACCGGGGCACCAGGCGCAUCGCAGAUUCUCAGUGUCCCGGGAGUGGCGCUCUCCAGCAUGCUGAGCGAGGAGACCGCUGGCCCCCCGGCCGGUCGGCAGCCCACGACCAAGGGCCCCGCCGGCACUGGUGGUCCCCCGGGAGGCGGCCUCCCUGCCGAGCAGUCCGAUGAGACGGUGUCCCACUUGUCACCGGGGCCGGGUGUGCCUGCCGGCAGCAUGAGCAUGGCUGUGGCCGCGGCCACGCCCGCGAUCGCGCAUAGCCCGAUCCCGCCGGCAGGUAGCCCGGAGCUCCAGCCCCCGGGGUCCUCGCUGCCCGGGACCCCGCGCGCGGAGAAUGUCCCCCCCUCGGUGGCGGCCGGUGUCUCCUCGAUGCGGCCCGCCUCGCCGCGUGGUUCCAGCAGCAUGGCGUCGUCCUCGCGCCGGCGCUUCUCGCUUUCGCGAUUCGCCCGUGGCAGCGGCGGUGCCGGCCAUGCGUCGGCCCAGGCCAUGGGCGACCCCGGGGCGGCCCUGUCCUCGCGGCCGAUCGACCCGAAUCUCCUCAUUGGGGAUGGGCUCUUCCUGCCGGAGGUGCGCGAGCGUGCGGUGCAUUUCGUCCGGCUGCGGUCCAUUUGUCUUGCCCGUGUGCCGCAUUAUGGGCGCUUCAUCCCGGACCCGGCGGCCGCCCCCCCUGCGGUGGCCGCCACCGCCGCCAAUCCGGAGCCCGGUGCAUCUGAGCCCGGGACCACGGCCGCCGAUGCCGCGACCGCCCCGGCAGUGGACCCGGCGGGCAGCGAUGCAUCUGGCACAGCGGUUCCGGAUGCGGCGGGCCCCCUCGUCGAGGAUGCCGCCGCUGCUGUGACGCCGGUCGUCUCGGCGGCGCCGGUGGUUUCCGAGGCCUCGGCUACGGCCGCUCCCCCGGGCCCAGGCUCGGGACCGGAUCAUCAGUCUCACAUCCCGCCCGGUCGGCCUGCUGCUGCUGCCCCUGCCGAAGCGGCGGCGGCGGCGGCGGCCGCCCCCACGCCAGCAACACCGACACCGACGCUGGCAGCCGGCAGCCCGGGCGAUGUGGCCGACUCCCCGCCACCCGGCGGCAUGUCCUUCUUCCGGUCGCGGCUGCUCAGCAUUCGCCGGAGUGUAUCCUCCUUCACCGGGGGCCGAUCGAUCCUGGGCUUCGGUGGCGGUGGUGGCGGUGCCAGUGGUGGCAGUGGCCCGGGCUCGCCAGCCGGCGAUGGGUCCUCUGCGAGCCAGACCCCGGGCGCUGGUGGUGCCGGCGCCGACCCGGGCACCAGGGCUGCCGGCGCCGCGGGGACGACCGGCGCCACGGCCGCCACGGCCGUGGUCCCAGCCCCGCGGCCCACCCUGGCGGACCUGAUUAACCCGGAUCAGCCGACCACGGUGCGGCUCUUUGUCAUUGCCACGGCGCGCACCCGGCCGGCUGAUGGCGGCACCGCCGGUGUCCUCUUCAAUACGCUGCUCCUGCCCUCGAGCCGUGGCGGGGCCCGCAUUGUUCUGAGCAAUGCCGAGGACAUUUGCUUCGACCUGCGGCCGCUGAGCGGUGCCACCAGCGCGGUCAUCUUCGAUGGCGAGGUCACCAUGCGCUUCUAUCAUCGCCGGAGCUCCGGGCCGCCGAAGCUCAUGUUUACCUUCACACUGCAUGCCGGUUUCUUUGAUCCUGCCUUCUCAUCGUUGCGCAUCGGACGCGAAGCCAUCGACAAGUCGGCCGCCGACCCGCGGUAUCCGGCCGGCUUUGCAUUGGUGUUCGAGUAUGAAACCGCCCCGGACCUGGCCACGGCCAUGGAACACGCGGCGCGGGACGCUCCGCCGCCCCUGUCACCGCUGCUGCUGCAGGAUGCCGGGCUUGAGGCUGACCCGGCGAAUGUCACAGGGUCGUCCAGCGAGUCGGAGCAGGCCAUCACCGCGCGGCAGGAGGCUGCCGAGCGGGCCGAGCGCCAGCGCCGCGAGGCCGCCGACUUCGAGCUGGCUCGGCGUUUGCAGAUGGCCCUCAUGUCGGCCGGGGAUGAUGAUUCCGCCGCCGCGCAGAUUAAUCUGGAUUCGGUGGUGCGUCCGGACGACCCGCUGCUGCAAAUUGCCUCCGGCUCGGAAGUCCAGGCCUCGGACUCUGGGCGCACUGCGGACCAGGGCUCCGGCUCGGGACGUGGCCCAGGCGGUGGCCCUGCCGCCGAUCAGGAUGAAGACCCCUUCAGUUAUCCGGUGAAGCCGGCGCGCCGGACCCGGUCCACCGGACGGCCGGGCCCUGCUGGGCGGACUCCUUCAACCUCCUCGGCCGGCGCCGCGACCGCGACCGCCACCACCAGCGGCCCCGGGGCCGGCGGUGCCCCUGAGGCGGAGGGCGGGGCGCCGCGUGCUCGCUCGCGCUCGCGCAUCGGCCGGCACUCGUUGUCGCUGAAUCUGCGCCGGCUGCGUGGCGGUAGCCGCCGGCCUGGGAGCCCGGCCUUCUCAUCGGGGUCCGUCUCGUCGGCCAGCUCGGCCCAUUCGCUGUCAGCAACCGGCAGCCAUACCGGCCCGAAUAGGGCCUCUUGGGCCUCGGCCGAUGGGAAUAUCGGUGGCAGCCGUCCCCGCGCCCCGAGUCAGCCCAUCGGCGGGUCAUCCAGCCUGAGUUCCCCCAGCCGUUCCCGGCCUCUUGGCCAGGUGCGGAAUUCCGCCUUUGCUCGAAGCGAUUCCAGCCUGCUGGUAGUCGAUGGUAGCCGGUCCGGGUCCCACCCUGGGGCCCGGCCUCUCUCGCCUCCGGACGCCAGCGGGCUCUUGCUGCGCACAACCGGAACCGAGGAUGACUCGAGCAGCUCCGGCUUGGGUGACAGCUCCUUCGCCACGGACCCGAACAACUCCAGUGACUUGGACCAGGACUACCUGGACCAGCUGUUCUACAGUGACUCGGACUCCGAAGAUUCGGAGUACCUGGCCCCGGAGACACUAGACCUGGAGGGGCUGGACAAGAACAUCGACCAGCUGCUGUAUGCGCUGCCAUUGUCAUUGUACUCGGCUCCCAGUCGGGGAGCGGCUCCAUGCGGUGCCUGCCAAGCCAUGGCAACCAUGGCCACCACGGACUCCGACGCGACGACGGUUUGCACGUGCGGCGGUGCCGGGGCCGGUCCCACCAGCGAGCAUGUCACCGAGGAGAUUGACAUGUGCCAAGUGUGCCGGUGGACUUUCGACGAUGGCGAUGUCGUUCGGACCCUCCCCUGCUUCCACCGGUAUCACCGUGACUGCAUCGACCCGUGGCUGACCAUGGGCUGUGCGUCGGUGUUGGUCCCCCCAGAGCGCGGCAAGCCCACUCCUCCCUCGUGCCCUCUGUGCCACGUCCCUUUGCGAACCCUUUUCGCUCGGUCCUUGGAUGUGGUGAAUGUCGAGCCCGAGCAAGGCUCCAGCUCCUGAGAGCGGCCGCCCUCUUGCCGGGUGUGAAGCGCAAGGGCCGGCAGCUGGUGACAUGUGUCGGCCUUUGCAUCCUGAUGCGGGACGGAAGACAGGCAAUGUUCCUUCUGUGUUGGUCCUUCCUUGUCCUGGUCUUGGCUCCAGCUCCUGGCUCUUGGCUCUUGGCUGUCCUCCUUCCUCUUUUCCUUCCCCUCUUGUUCCGUCUCCUCCCCUCCCACCUCUGGCCGCUCCUUCCCCCGUUCCUUGUACUUGUAUUGUAUUUCCCACCACCCGGUUGCCUCUUUUGAAUUGCGCAUUCUGAUGCGUGCAGGGGUGCAUAGGUCUGCAUGUGGAUGUGUGUAGACGUGUGUGUGUGUGUGUGUGU